UGUCAGUGUUGAUUCUGUCGUUGUAACGUUCAUUUUAAAAUUAUUACAAAAAGAAAUUUAAUUGUCGCUGGUCGAUUGUGUUUGUGUGUUAACAGUGUGCCACUAUAUUGAGUCAGUGGAGUGAUCUUAUUGUUUAAUUCAAAUUGAAACUAAAUGUUUGAUUGUUACAACAUCGAAAGGACGACAUACGCUUGAAUGAAAUGAAGAUAUCAUUGAUAUUGUGUUCUACCCUGUUGAUCAGCUCAACACAAUGUUUUCACUUUAUUCCCGAAAAUCGGGAAGUUAUGUACGAGUAUGUUGGUCAGGUUACUGUUGGUGCUCGAGCCUCCAUCGAAGAUGAAAACUUAAAACCACCGCCACCGUCUGGCUGGAAGGUACGAGGAACAUUGAAACUACAAAGACGCGAUCAGUCAACUAUUGCUGCGGCCCUGGCCGUAGAGAAAGUGAUACUGAACCAUUCGGGUCAAGUAUUCUACCAGAAUAAGGAAAUUCAGCCAUUCUACAAUCCAUUCAAAAUAGUCAUGAGCCAAGACAUUGUAUCACAUUUGUCGUUCAAAGAGAAAGACGUGCUCUGGUCUAUUAACUUAAAGAAAGCCAUCGCAUCCGCGUUUCAAGUUCAGGGUGAUGGUCCCGGUGCAUUUGUGAUGAAUGAGCCAUCGAUCAAUGGCAAUUGUACAACGGAAUAUUAUAUUUCCAACAAAACCGAUCAUCUGCUGGUGCGAAAAACGCCAGAGUUGAAUUCGUGCAACAAAGUUGGUGGUAUCCAUUUCCAGCGAUCGAAUGUACCAUUGAAUCCGUGCGAAUUCGAUUUUCAGCAAAAUGUUAUCAUUGGCAAUGAAGCCCAAUACACCCUAUCACCCAAAGAGGAUAAGUAUUAUUUGAACACAGCAUUCGUCAAAGGAAUCGCAAUGGUACAUACAUUUGAAUCGAGUGGCGAAGCGCAAUACGUGUCGUCCGAGUUGCAAUUGACCUACCUCAAAGAGAAUGACAUUGUUAACAUUCUGGACAUCGACCAGGAAAUGUCUCCCAUAUUAUCUGACCUAGAAUUCGAAAAUCCCGUACAUGAUUCGACCGGCGGACGGCAAAAAGUCAAUCCGAAAAGGAUGGUUAAGCGAGCCAAUAAUUUGUUGAUUUCACUAGCAGACAGUUUGGAAAGUGCUGAUUUAAAAUUUGACGAACCGUAUGACAGCACAGUCGCUGAAAUUAUUAAAGUUAUGGGGAAAAUGAACUACGAAUGUCUGCAGAAACUUUACCAGGAAAUUGACAUUGGAACGUCGUAUCGGCAGGAAACCGUCCGAAAUUUAUUUUUGGAAUUGAUUCCCCGAAUCGGAACCAGUGCAGCGGUUCUGCUGACAAGAGAUCUGGUGGUUAGUAACCGAGUCAAAUCCACGACGGCCGUACAGUUACUGAUCUCGCUGCCGUUUCACAUUGCUGAGUUAAGUGCCGAACUGGUCACAGAAUGUGAAGUUCUGAUGAAUCUGGGACCAGAUCGGCCAGAUGUUAAACAAUCGGCUGUGUUAACGUUUGCCACAUUGGUGUACAACGCAUACGUGUCCCGGAAAAUUCCGGACAAAACUUUCGAGAAAUAUGUGAAGAAAUAUUUCGAAUUGUUUAUGAAUGGAUUCGACUAUGAACAGAAAAUGGUUUAUCUGCAAGGUUUGAGCAAUCUUCAACUAACCAAAGUGGCCGACUAUUUGGAUCCAAUUAUUCGCGACGAAACGCAAAACGAGGACACCCGAUUCCUUGCCAUUUGGGCCACAAUUCCGUUGGCUCACACUAGAGCUGAAAAGGCCUAUGAAACGUACUGGCCGAUACUAGAAAAUCGCAAUGCAUCGCUUCCUCUUCGGGUUGCUGCGUUCAAGAUGCUUUUACUCAGUAAUCCAACACCAGCUCGAUUGAUAAAUCUUGACAAAAUGAUGCAAGAUGAGACGAAUUUGCAUUUGCUCAACUACUAUCGAUCGACGAUUUUGAGUUUGUCAGAAACAACCUAUCCAUGCUAUCAACAUUUAAAAAGGAUCGUGUCCUACAUUCUUCGCCACAUACCUAAAGCUCCAUCUCAACGGUAUUGGAUAACUGGCAACUACAUCUACGAUUACCGGCACAAUCAGUACGGAAUCGGUGCAAUACUGCAAACUGAUUUAAUUGGUGACGAACAGACUAACUUGCCCGGAAUUUUCGUUUUUAAAUUUGAUACCGAAGCACUUGGCAAAUUUACCGGUCAACAUACGCUGUACAUAAAAGCCCGUGGAUUGACUGAUGCCAUCCGGAAGCGUUUCGAGAACGCAGUACCAAAUCUGUCGAAUAAAGUUCGAACUCUGUUGGAUUCGCUGAACUUGCCCGUUGUAGCCACAACACCAUUGCAUUUGGAAGUGAUUGUGCAGAUUGAGGGCAAGUCUGUGGUCUCCUACUUUUUGAAUGACAAAACGUUCGCUAACUUAACCGAUGGCGACAUACUUAACCGUAUCAACUUCAUACUGCUAUCAAACAGUCACAUAAACAUGCAAAACAUUCGUUGGCCAUUCAUGUUACAGUAUUCAAUGCCAACUGUAUUGGGUACACCAGCUGGCGUAACCAUUCAAUCAACAGUAUUUUCGUCCCUACGUGGAAACAUCACCCAAGAAAUGGCCGCAUCAAAGAUCACCCGAAGCAAUCAGAUUGACGCCAGAUACAAUUCGUAUGCCGUAUGCAAGAGCGAAACGUACAAUCCAUUUUUGAACUUAGAACAUACGGUGCACCGUGAACAGGGAUUUCUCGUGUACAUUCCCAUCAACAAUGAACUUCAGCUGCACGACAUGGUUCUCAGCUUUUCAUUCUAUCGGCCUGCCAAUUUGACGGGAGGCUUUGCACUGCGGUCACGUUCGCUGACUACCACAAAAGGAUUGGUUUUGCAAACGGAUGCAGCACCCUUUUCCGAAGUCAAUUAUCCCGCCCAUGUCCUCAAUAGAGCGGUGCCCGUCGAAAAAAUCAACUACGAAAUCAAAGACUUGGGACUCAAUUUUACCGCCGAAGUCAAUACUGUCGACUUGGGUAAUCACAUGCUGUUGCUGCUCAACUCCGAUUUGAAGUAUAAUACCAGAACAAUCACAGAAGACACAAUUUUUGAUCAUAUCGUUCCGGUUGUGGGAAUGUUUCAGUUGAAUUCCAUUCACAUUGGAAAUGAUAAGCAGUUUUCGCUACUGGUGCACAAUGACGAAUCAACGAAGAUUGACGGUCAGCUGGUCAUCAAUUUGAAAGAGAUUGACUUGAAUUUGAAUCACAAAAUCAACGAUAAAGUAUUGCACUCAUGGCAAGUGACGGCUAAAUUGUCCGAAAUCGAAGACUCUAACAAAGUGAAAAUUGUGAAAGUUGUGAAGCGAGUCGAUUCGGAGAAGCAACAGUGGAAGCUGUGUUUCGAAGGCAUUUACGAGCCGUUGGUGUUCCUAAAAAAUCCUCACACACUCCACGGUUCACUGGUCUUCGGUGACAGUCAAAAUACCAAAAAAUGUCCAAAAGAUAAAUCCCGUUUCGACAUGACAGUAAUGUAUGGUACUGUUAGCAACGCGAUGUCAGUGUACGACGAAAGAGUGUUGGAAGAGAAUGGAAGUUGUCCACGGGAAAUACUACGUUUCGAUCCACCUCCGGCACUAUCGUAUUGCUCAAGUGAGGAUUACCGUCCGAUUACGGCAAUCGCAGAGUUUGCAACACGAUUAAAGUUUUCAAAUAUGCCCGCUUCGUUCGAAAAUUUUGUUCAUCGCACCGAACGAAUCAUUUCCACAUUCUCCAGCCUGGAGCGCAUGCCAAACUUAAUGGAUGGCUUGAAUAUCAGCGUGAAAGCUCCCUACUAUGAGUCCAACUACGAAUUGUCAAUCAACGAUGAAGUGUUUCUGAUACCCAAUUUCAACAAAUAUUUUGAUGUUUUGGACCAAUUCGAUGACGUCAAAUUCGAAAGCGGUGCAUAUUGGUCAUAUCACUACGGUUUUGAACGAAUUUGUAGCCAAAUCGAUACGAAUUUAACAACAUUUGACGAUACUGUACUGAAUACAACGGAACUAGCAAGAGACCAUAACUGUUGGAUAUUGUUAGCAGCUGACUGUUCCGAUCAAUCACGCAUAUCAGUCUUUACGAAACCUAGCGGCAACGGAUCGAUUGCCCUUAAAGUUUAUGCGGGUGACGAUACAAUUGAGUACCAUCCACUCGAAAAUGGAGAACAUAUUAUGACCGUCAACGGCGAAAAUAAAUUCAAACUGCACGCCAUGGACAGUAAAGAAAUAAGUUUACUUUCGACAUUAACACCAAUCAAAAUAAGCUUCAACGAAGAAAAUGUAUUGGUCCUUGAAACCGAAAACUCUAUGACCGUUCAGUAUAAUUUGAACAACAUGUUGACGUUCUCCGUUUAUUCCUUUUACAAAGAACAAAUAUGUGGAUUGUGUGCUCCUUCAUCGAAUAGAAAUUCGGAUGGGUUCAAGUUAUGUUCAUAAGUGAAAUUGUGCAUGGAAUUUUGAGGUUGUCAAUAAAGGUUUAAGUUGAAAAGUUC